CUGAACAGAAUGGAUACAGACAAGAAAAACACGACUCUAAGAGAAGGAUUCCUGGUGAAAAGGGGUCAUCUUGUUCACAACUGGAAGGCGCGCUGGUUCGUGUUGAUGCCAGACAAGCUGCUGUAUUACAAGUACGAAGGAGGCAAGAGGGACUCGUGUCAGCGAGGGAAAAUCCUUCUGAAGGACUGUGUGAUAACGUGUCCUUUUCUGGAGUACGAAAAUCGACCGUUGGUAUUAAAGCUCCAGACAAAGAAUGGGGCGGAUCAUUUUUUGGAGGCUUGUUCCCGGGAGGAGAGAGAUGACUGGGCUGGUGACAUCACUGCUGCGGUCGGCAAGCUGCGGACGCCUGAAGGUGUGAAUGUGACAAAGCAGCAGGACCCUGCUGGAUCCCACUUACACAACAUCAAUCUGAGCAAGGUGUUGGACUCCAUGUACGACAUCCACAGUGGCAUCAACAUGAGCAACCACGUGGCGCAGGGCAACACUUACAGCAACUGUUUCUCAGGUUCAGCGGUGGUGGACUGGCUGGUGUUCAUGCAGCUGACUCUGACCCGUGUGGAUGCCAUGACGCUGGCCUCGGCCCUGCUGGAGGAGGGUUUCCUGCGGACCGUCGGCCUGAAGAGUGUGGAGGCUCUCCGCACCGCCGGCCUCAGUGAGCAGUUCAUGGAUGACUCCACCGCACUGUACAGCUUUUCUGACAGCUUAAAGAAGAGAGGAAGUGUGAAGGCAGAGUCUUCGCUGUCUGCAGUGGAGCUGAGUGGAAAAGUGGUCAAGAGAGGAUAUUUACUUAAACAGGGACACAGAAGGAAGAACUGGAAGGUGCGACUGUUUGUGCUGCGUUCAGAGCCUGCUUACCUUCACUAUUAUGAUCCCACCAAGGAUGACAUCAGCCCCGCUGGCGGCUUCUCUCUGCGCUCCUGUCUGGUGUCGUCUCUGCACGAUAACGGAGUUCCCUCAGGUGUGAAAGGCAACAUUCAAGGCAACUUGUUCAAAAUCAUCACCCAGUCAGACACACAUUACUUCAUGCAAGCUCCGACUCACCAGCAGAAGAUGGACUGGAUAGAUGCGAUCAGGAAGCUGACGUAGAGCGGUUAAUACUCUAAGAUAUUAACUAGUUCAGUUAUUCAGCUAUGAAGAAAGAAUUACACAUUCCAUGAAUGUAUACUGUAGCAGCCAACUGGGAUCAUGCAAUUUAAAUUAAUUUAAAUGAAAGUGUUAGUGGUCACAAAACGUUUCUCUAAAAUAUCAGUGUCUUCAGUUUGACUAUUCUGUACUUUUAGGUUUGUGCUCAGAGGACGUUUAAAAGCCCAACUAGCUCAAAGUUUUGCAUGUGUUUUACGAGAUGUUUUCAUUAUUAAAGCAUAAAUCAUCUUGACUUUAUUCUCCACA